AUGAUUGUCCCGAUUGUUGCAAUUGUGCUGGCGGUCGCCACACUUGUAUCUGGCAAGUGGAUUGUGCCUGGUGCUCGUUGGCGGGAUACGAAUGGCAACAUUUUCAACGCACAUACAGGGGGAUUAUGCGUUGACCAGGAUUCCGGCAGAUUCUACUGGUUUGGCGAGCACAAAGCCGAGGGCCAGGUCGAGGGUGGAGGAAUCUCAGUCUAUAGCUCCGACGAUCUCGCUACGUGGACUUCCCAUGGGCUAGCACUUAAGCCUGUAAAGGGUCACGAAUGGAUCUCCCCAGACAGCGUUAUCCAGCGCCCCAAAGUGAUCUACAGCAAGGAAACAAAGAAGUAUCACAUGUGGUGGCACGCAGACGACUCCAAGUACAGCAAACUGCUCCAAGGUCUUGCAACUGCGGAUAAUAUCGCCGGUCCCUACACUUUCCAAAGCGCAACGUCUCCUCUUGGGAACUGGUCUCAGGACUUUGGGGCAUUCACUGAUUACAAGACGGGACAUUCUUACGCCCUGUAUUCCAACGGCGACCGCGUUGAGGGGCGUGAUGUAUAUGUCAGCAAAUUCAACAGUAACCUGACCGCUGUAGAAGAGGUGACCUUUCGGUUCAACAAGUAUGAUUUCGAAGCUCCGACUAUCUUACAGACUGAGAAGAGCUAUUUUGCUCUGAUGAGUCACAAAACAGGCUAUCGUCCCAACAAUGUUGUCGCUAUGCGUGCAGAUAAACUCGAAGGACCCUGGUCCCAGCCGUUUUUCGUGUCCCCGGCAUACACCCGCACAUUCAGCACACAGUCCGGCUUCUCCUGGAGAAUUGAGGGCACCAAGAAAACAACUCAUCUGUAUAUGGGGGACCAAUGGGACAUGCGCUCGCUUUGGGAGAGUCGCAACGUCUGGCUUCCCAUCGAGAUUAAUGAACGUGACGGCAGUCUCAAGGUAGUCUGGCACGACAUCUAUGACCUCGAUGUCAAGACUGGGGAGUGGUCUCCAAUCAAGGGCAAGACUUACACAUCCAAGAGAGGAAAACUUGCAGGAGAUGCUUUCCUGCAGGAAGCAACUUUCGGUAGUCACAACGUGAUUGCGACCGGCAUAUAUGGCAAUCAAAGCACAAUCACCUUCGAAGUGGAUGGGCAGGGCGAGGAUCAGUGGAUCUCCUUCUAUCAUCAGAACAUAGAUGACAUGGGCUACGGCGACCAGCCUAUGGGGCAGCCUGAUCGCAUCAACGGGACGUGGCAGCUGCGCCGUAUCAGCAGUGUCGUAGUCAAUGGUGACACUGAUAACGUCCACACUCUGUACCAGAAAGACACCCACAAAGGAAUCAUUCUCUCGACUCCGCUUCUGCUUCCUCUGAAAAGAGGUCGGAACACGAUUACGAUUGGAGGACUCUACAACGGCGUCGAUUACAAGGGUGCGGACCUCGAUCGUAUUGUCGUGUAUCUACCUGAGGCGAGAUAG